CAAUUCUUUCUUGGGCUGUUCUAGACAUGAAGAUGGAUCAGGAGGAAAUAAAGAGGACUUUCACAGUUCUCUUUGUGGAAGCUUUCAAUUCUGAGAAGAAACGGAGCGGAGUUCUGAUCAAGAAGAAAGAAGAUAACACAGUUCACGUUCAUUGGAAAGGAGCAGCAGAAAUGAUUCUGGCUAUGUGCUCAAGCUACUACGAUGCUUCAGGAGUUAUGAAAGAUCUCAAUGAAGAAGAAAGGAUGGAAUUCAAGAAAAUUAUUCAGGGAAUGGCGGCAAGCAGCCUCCGGUGUAUUGCUUUUGCUCACAAACAAGUUGCAGAAACAGAGGAGGAAAUUGUCAAAGAGAAGAAAAAGCUUAAAGAGGAAAACUUGACCUUGUUGGGACUUGUAGGUAUCAAGGAUCCAUGUCGGCCAGGGGUGAAGAAUGCAGUGGAGGACUGCCAAUCGGCCGGAGUGAACAUUAAGAUGAUUACUGGCGACAAUGUCUUCACAGCAAAAGCUAUUGCCACUGAAUGUGGGAUUCUUCGGCCAGGUCAUGACAUGGAUAGUGGAGCCGUUGUGGAAGGCGAGGAAUUCCGGAACUAUACAGCAGAAGAGAGGAUGGAGAAGGUGCAGAAGAUUUGCGUUAUGGCAAGAUCGUCUCCUUUUGACAAACUUCUCAUGGUGCAAUGCUUGAAACAGAAAGGGCAUGUAGUUGCUGUCACCGGGGAUGGUACCAAUGAUGCUCCAGCACUCAAAGAAGCUGACAUUGGAUUGUCAAUGGGGAUUCAAGGGACGGAGGUUGCAAAAGAGAGCUCCGAUAUUGUCAUCUUGGAUGACAAUUUCGCUUCUGUGGCCACCGUUCUGAAGUGGGGCAGAUGUGUUUACACUAACAUACAGAAAUUCAUUCAAUUCCAAUUGACAGUAAAUGUUGCUGCUCUGGUGAUCAACUUCGUGGCAGCCGUUUCUGCAGGAGAAGUUCCCUUAACGGCCGUUCAGCUUUUGUGGGUGAAUUUGAUCAUGGAUUCAUUGGGUGCUCUAGCUCUAGCUACAGAGAAGCCCACCAAGGAGUUGAUGAAGAAGCCACCUGUUGGCCGCAUAGAGCCACUGAUUACCAAUAUCAUGUGGAGGAACCUCCUAGCUCAAGCUUUUUACCAGGUUGCAGUACUCCUGAUCCUGCAAUUCAGAGGAGAGUCAAUCUUCAGUGUGACUGAAGCAGUGAAUGACACUUUGAUCUUCAACACUUUUGUGCUCUGCCAAGUUUUCAAUGAAUUCAAUGCAAGGAAGCUGGAGAAGAAGAAUGUGUUCAAGGGUAUUCAUAAGAACAAGCCGUUUUUAGGGAUCGUCGGGAUGACCAUUGUUCUUCAAGUGCUGAUGGUGGAGUUUCUAAAGCGGUUUGCAGAUACAGAGAGGUUGAAUCGGGGACAAUGGGGCGCCUGCAUUGCUAUGGCUGCUGUCUCUUGGCCCAUUGGCUGGAUCGUCAAGUGCAUACCAGUGCCAGAGAGACCUGUUUUCAGUUAUCUUAAAUGGAAGAAACGGACGUAAUGCUUCAAAAUUUUUUUCAUUCUUUAAACAUCUGCUUGCAUAUCCUAUAAUUUGUUUCAGAUUUCUCCUUUUUGUUUGUAUAGGCUAUAAUUCAUUCAUUCUUUAAAUUUCUGCAUAGAUAUACUGCAAUUGUUAUCUGUUCCUUUCUUUCGAAAUCUUGUUGAGAAAGUUAAUUGGUCCUAAAUUGUUUCAAGUGGUGCAAGCAAGCCACGAUUUCAUCUACGAAAUCAAUCCUUGGUCCAAUCAAUAUCCUAGAGCUCUCAAUUUAUGGAGAAAUUAAGCAGAGGAAGCUUUCCUAGACUUAAAUGGAUGGUUAACCAAGGUAAAUAUUAUGAUUAAUUGUAGUGUUUGUGUAAUAUGUGCGAUUGAAGUUAUUGAUGAAGUUUCUCAAAAUGAAUUGGUAGAUAAUAGGUAAUAAAUUUUUGAGUUUUGA